AUGUUCACUGCUGCACGAGCUGCUUCUCGCCUCGGUGUGCGCUUUGCGUCCACGCAGGCUGCCGUGUCGGAAGCCGCCGCGACCGCCCGCGGAGCCGCCAAGGAAGGCCUGGGCGAGGCCAAGGGCGCACUCAAAGAAGCCCAAGGCACCAUCAAGUCGACCGCCCAAUCCGCUAAGGCCUCCCUGCCCUCUGCACCCUCUGCACCCUCGGCGCCCAUCGUAGUCGGAUCGCCCACCAUCCGUCGCCCCGUCGGCUCGGUGCGUGGUGGCGUGCUCGGCUUCCUGUUCGGGUUUGGUAUCGCUUCAGCUUACGGAUAUGCGUAUCUGCUCAAGGAGUACAAUGCCGCCAGCAACCUCAUGCUCGCCUCGGUGGAGGAACUCCAGUCGAGCACCGAGAAGAUCACCACCCACCUGCAGAGGCUCAACAAGCUCGAGGCCGAUCUCAAGUCGCUCGGUUCGCAGGCGGCCUCCAGGGCCGAAUUCGAAAAGAACCGUCUCGAGCUCAAGAAGAUCGUCGAUGGUAUUCAUGAUGAAGUGCUCGACGUCAAGAAACAAGUCAUCGACCUUCCCCGUCCCACCAAAUACAUGCAGUAA